UCAUCUUCUUCCACAGAGAGAGAGAGAGAAAGAGGUGAGUGAACUCAGGAGCUUGCUUUACAUGAGGGACGAACUGUUUUGGAGGAAAAUACUGCUGUGACAUCAGGCUGGGAAGCACCGUCCUCUUCACAAGGAGCUGAAUUUUCCUGCAGAUAUAUCAGGAGAGGAGAGGCAUCAUGGGGAAACACAACAGUAAGCUGGCCCCCGAGGUCCUGGACGACCUGACCAAGAGCACAGAGUUCAACGAGACAGAGCUCAAGCAGUGGUACAAAGGUUUCCUCAAAGACUGUCCCUCUGGCAUUCUCAACCUGGAGGAGUUUCAGCAGCUCUACGUUAAGUUUUUCCCGUACGGUGACGCCUCUAAAUUUGCCCAGCACGCCUUCCGCACGUUUGACAAGAAUGGUGACGGGACCAUCGACUUCAGGGAGUUCAUUUGCGCUCUGUCCAUCACCUCCAGGGGGAGCUUUGAGCAGAAACUCAACUGGGCCUUCAACAUGUAUGAUCUGGAUGGAGAUGGAAAGAUCACACGCAUGGAGAUGCUGGAGAUCAUCGAGGCCAUCUACAAGAUGGUCGGCACGGUGAUCAUGAUGCGCAUGAACGAGGACGGGCUGACCCCUCAGCAGCGCGUGGACAAGAUCUUCUCCAAGAUGGACAAGGACCACAAUGACGAGAUAACCUUGGAGGAGUUUAAAGAGGCGGCCAAGUCCGACCCUUCCAUCGUCUUACUGCUGCAGUGUGAUAUGCAGAAGUAGAAGGGGGAGGGAGGGGCAGGAAAAACAGGGAGGGGUGGGGGUAAGAGGUGAACUGAAGCUAGGGAAGGGAGGAGGCUGAGAAAAGAAGGGAGGGAGCGGUUCUACAGGAGGAGGAGGCAUCGCUAACGGGAACCGUCCAGAUCUCAGAUAGCUGACAUUCCGUUUUAUCCUACCGUGCUUUAGAUAGGAGGAGGACAAAUUCAGUCAGAUGGGCUGUGAAAAGCGGGAUUCCCUCCUGCAUUCGUUGCAGAGCAGUAUGGUGUUACUCGUGCUUUCACGCCGCGUCGGAUGUGAGAUCACGAGGCUGCGGGAUGAAAGCAGUGUGAAGCUCAGCCGUCUAAAUGAGAAAACAAUUUCAUAUUCAUUGACUAGACGUUUCAUUUGUUCCAUAUCCUCAGUAAAUUUGAUGCAAAAAAGGGAAGAUAAAAGGAAUUUAAAAAAACUAUAGCUCAAGUUUUUAAUCCAGAGUUUAAGGCAAUACACAUGCAUUGAAGGAAGAGCGUUUUUGUUGUUGUUGCAGAUUAUGCCUCAGUGUCCACCAGCUAAACAAGCAGGCAGCUGAUGGAAAGUGUCACUGCAGCAGCAUGGCGAGGCAUACUGAUGUGCUCAGUCACUUCUAGCUGCUUUGAAACCAAAAUAAUCCAUAUUUUGUCAGUGAUUUGUAUUCUAGUUAAUGCCAUCUACUUGUUACGCAACCAAAGCUUUUGAUCAGCAGGUUGUAUUCAAUGAAAUGUACAUUGAAUAACAGGAACCAGAGCCUUUCAUCAGCAAACUGCUUGUUUGAGCAGUAAAAGGAGGCACUUAACCAUCCUAGAGCGGCGAUAAUCACGGCGGUAAUUGUAGAUCUUAUGACAGAAUGGUAUUUCUGAGAAAGGCCAAACCCGCCUCCGCGAUUCGCCGUUGUUUCACAUUAAAUAGUCGUCUCUUCUCUUCCUGUCCUGCUGCUGGCCCCGUUUUUUUUAGUUUCCUUCCUCUCUAAAUGUCAGAGAGGAAGCACUUUGAUAAUAGGUAAAGAGAAAGGAACUUUGCUCAGAUCUGCAAUCGUUGAGAAAGGGAGCAAAAGGUUGCAGAGGUGGGUCAGGCUGUGUGUGUCAGCCGAACGGUUGAAGGGAUCAGGACGGUGUAGCUGCAUGCUAACAUUUAAUAUUUAGCGGUGCGUAAAAACGGCCCUUAGGGAUGUCCCAGUCAGCUUCAUGUUUGAUACUUAAUAAGUCAUCUAAGGAGAGAUAAAUCAGCUUUUACAAACAAUCUUUGCUAAUGAAAAAAAAUAAAAUGUGAUUCACUUUGAAACAACACAAAAAGACACCACUUGAUUGUCUUUUGAUAUGACUUGUUGAUCAUUCGACCUACAGCAGAUUUUAAUGAUUGUGUGACUAAUAGAAAACGUUCUUAAGCUCCAUCACUGUCAAACUCUCCUGGUAGGUCUUCCUAACAUGACUCAGCAGUCACCAAAGCUCUUCCUCUCUGAAAAUCAAUGAAAAUAUUUCAACUCUUUUGAUGAACAAAAUAAUAGUAUAGUAAACCGUUGCUUCUGGGAAACAUUCAAACCAAUCUUUUCCUGCUCUUUUACCCAGAUGUUUUGUAAUAUUUACUGAUAAAUCAAAUUCAUAGUAAGGAAGCACUUUAUAUUGAUAUUAAAACUUAAUAUUUGUUGAUUACAACUAUUAAAUGCCAAAAGCUAUUGAUGAAAAUGUUCCGAUUUACCCUGUUCUCUGUCAGAGUUAUUAUAACACAAUGAUCCGAGUAGUUGCUGUUUUAUCUCCUUUCCUUUAUGAGAAAAAAAGUCCUGCUUUGUAUUGUUUGUAUUUUAAGAAGGUGGGAAAUUGAAAAGUUUUUUUUUUAUGCUUCUUCCUAUAAAAGGCGAUGAUCUCCUCCUCUACUGCGGAAGCUCCCUCCCUGAUUGUUCAGAAACAGACUCCUUUUUACGGCAGGUGUAAUAAAGCUUACAUGUACAUUACUACAAUACGAGUGUAAUCGUAUUAAUGAAUAUAAAACAAAUAUACGAUGUAAAUGUACCGAUAGCGUAGAUCUGUUUUCAUUUGACGACACUGCUACUGAGAGAGAAAGAGUGUGCAUCCGUGUGUGUCUGAGUAAUGUUGACAUCAAAGCUGUGAGUGUAUGUGUGUGUGUGUGUGUGUGUAUUUGAGGGGUUACUGUUUGAUUGUUCAGUGUUUUGUAUUUGUAUCAUUUGCAUAACAAAAGACGCCUGGGUCUUGUUUCACUUUGUAACAAUGUGAAUGUGACCUCCUCCACUCUGAAGCACUGAGUAUUAUUAUUACCCUGGCAUAUGUUUUUGCUUUUGUGGUCUGCUGGUAUUAUAAUGUAAAACAAACACAUCCACAUGGAACAGUCUACUGUCGCAAUGCUACAAUUUACAAAUCUAUAUGAUGGUUAGUUUGCACCUUACAGCAGAGCUCACUGCUCAGGAGAUGGAAGUGAUAAAGAGGCAGUGCUGUGUCACAGUGCCACCUGGUGGUUGGAAGUAUGGUUUAAUGUCUAGAAAGUGUUCAUUUGCUGCUUAUACAAACCAUGUUGACACACCACCAACAGGCCUGUAGAUCAAACUAGACAACUUAAUUUAUUUAGCCAUAUUAUCUCAACACCUCACAAAUGAAAAGCAGCCAUUUAUUAGACUUCCAAUCCGUUGAUGUUGGUUAAUUAAAGCCCCAUUUGGCAAAAUGGAGCUUAUUUAAAAACAAAACAAAAUGACCGAACCUUUGUAAUAUUCAUGUGAAAAGAGAUUUUUUUUUAGCUUUAACUUUUUAAUCAAAUUGGGGGAGAAAAAAAAAAUCAAACAGAAUAAUCUGCCAACUAUCAACUUUACUGUCAUGUUAACAUCAAGUAAUGAUUAGAACUUAAUAAAACUGAGAGCUUAAUGUGUCCAGAAGCUGAGUUUUAACUUGACCUUCUUGUUGAGCCACAUGUUUAGUUGAGUCAUCUUUGCUUUUGUGCAAUCCAAAUCAUAAUGUUUCUCUAUAUCUAUUUUCUUUGGAUUAUUCUGGGAUUAUUCAUAGAUUAGGACAGUUGAAUCUGUUCCUUAGCCUGUAAUCGAAGCCUUAUUCUACAUGUUUGGUGUUUUUCCUGUGGCGGGAUUGCAGCCCCACAUGUAACACUGACAUUAACAUUUUAGGUAAUUACUAUACAUGGAUAAGGAUAUUCCUAUAAAUGAUGCUACAUUUAUGAGGAACGUCUUAACGAGCAACGAAUCCAGAGAUUAAUUUUUUGCAAAAAUCAGACGUCCUGACCCAUUAUGCCUUCUCUGAUUAUACUUACCUUGGUAAUUAAGUUUAAAAAUCAUGGAGCUAUAGAGCUCUUUAAAAAUCCAGUUUAAAAUCAUAUUUAGUUUUAAUUUCAUAAGGUUUCUAUGUUAGUUUAAAUCCCCGCUCACAUCAGCUGAUGCUUAAGGCAGUGAGAUAAUCAGACCAAAAUGGAUUCAACUCAUCAAAUUAUUACCUCCUGCUGUCGCAGUGUAUACAGUUCCGCAUUUAGAAAUAAAAUUGUCGUGUAUUUAGUGGAAAAGCAACACACUUUGUCCCGUAUUACUGUGACAGCAAAAAAAAGUCAUUAAAAAGCUUAUGGGGAAUGAACAAGGGCACGUUUGAUACAAAACUUACGGUAAAAUUUUUUCGGGCCCUGACAACAUAAAGGUAACAAUCCAGAAUACCCUGAUCCCAUUGGUCGAGCCAAGUGUUGCUCGUGGACAGAUAACGGGAGACAACAGAGCAGUAUGGUGAAUGAACAGUCAUGUUAAUUUUGAUGCUGCUUUUUGGGGCGGGGCACCUUUGCAUAGCGAAGCUCCUCCUCC